GUUAUUGCAGCAGUGAGCCUCCGUCCUUGCAGCGCUCUGAAGAAGGUGUUUGACUCCAGUCAUGGCUGGGAACUCAGAGAAAGUACCGAUCGCCUCGGCGGGACCGGAGGACCUGCAGCAGUUCAUGCCUCCGGCCUACUCCGCCGUGGCUGUGAAGCCCGCCGCCACCGGCCGCCUGCUGAAGGCCGGGAUCGCGGUGCUGAUCGCCGGAGCCCUGCUGCUGCUGCUGGGAGCCGUCGGAGCUUUCUACUUCUGGAACAACAAUGAAAAACACGUCUACAAUGUCCACUACAGCAUGAGCAUCAAUGGCAAAGUGGAGGAUGGUGCAAUGGAGAUUGAUACAGCCAAUAAUAUGGAGAGAUUCAGCACCGGCAGCGGGGCAGACGAGGCUGUGGAGGUCCAUGACUUUGAGAUUGGGAUCACAGGGAUCCGGUUUUCAGGAGGAGAGAAGUGCUACAUCAAGACUCAGGUGAAGGCUCGUCUGCCUGACGUGGAGAAUCUGAACAAGGACUCAAUGACGUUCGACCUGGAGGACGAGGUGAUGCCGGCCAAGUUUGAGGAGGAUCUGAUCUGGGUGGCGGCUGACACUCCCCUCUCGGACUCCGCCUUCCUCAGCAACAAGAUCAAGGAUUUGUGUGGAGACCUGCCAAUCUUCUGGCUCCGUCCCACUUACUCAACUGGCGGACAGAGGAAGGCGAGGGCCGCCCCCCGCCGGCGCCGUCAGGCACCCGCGGCCGAGGAAGAAGAGGACGUGGAGGCAGAGUUCAACCCGGAGAAUCCCUAUCAGAGAGCUCUCGAGGGCGAAGGCUCCAUGAGCAAUUACAACACGCUGGACCACGAGGGCGUGUGCUGCUCCGAGUGCCGUCGCGGCUACACCCACUGCCAGAGGAUCUGCGAGCCGCUGGGAGGCUACCACCCGUGGCCGUACCACUACCGUGGCUGCAGGGUGGCUUGUCGGGUUAUCAUGCCCUGCAACUGGUGGGUGGCGCGCAUUCUGGGUAUCGUCUAAACACCCCCACCCACCUGGGAGAUGGUGGAGUC